UAUCUGUGGAUAUAUCUUCAGCUCUUAUUGCUUAGCUCUUCAUUGUUAUAAACCUUUGUCAGUGACAGUUCAAAAUGAAACGACGACAUUUAGCUGUUAUCUCAGUGCUAUAACAAGAAGCCAGCAUAAAGCGGACCGUCGGUACAGGUGGGGCUCAGCGGUUUUAUGAAGAACAAUGGGGAAGAAGAAGGUGCCAGAUUUGUACAGAGCCCCCUUUCCCUUAUACUCUGUAAAAGUGGACCCUGACACAGGGCUGGUGAUCAUAGCGGGAGGAGGGGGGGCCUCCAACACGGGCAUAAAGAAUGCUGUGCACUUCCUGGAUCUGCAGCUUGUUGGAGAACACCAGCACAGUGCCAGCCUCCUUCACUCUCAUGAGACUGCCACGCGUGCUACCAUGAACAUGGCUGUAGGUAAAGGUGUGAUUGCUGCAGGGCAGGAUGGGACCUGUUGUCUGAUGCGGUUUAAACACAGCACACAGAAAGAAGGCAAAGGUGCUCAUAAAGAUGCAGGGAACAGCAUGCGGCAAAGCAAUGCCAGGCUGCGAGCUGGGAAAGGAGACAAAGCUGGACAGGAUGGAGUUACAACAUCUGGUGACACGUCAGCUACAAAGAAUGAGACACCCCACAUCUCAGUGACUGGUUUGGCUGAAGUGCAGUCAGACCUGAACCCUCAGGAUCCACUUCAGAAAGUGGUCAGGUUCAGUCCUGACCACAGCCUGCUGCUCACUGGAGGCACUGAUGGACACAUUCGAGUGUGGGAGUUUCCUUCCCUAAAGAAGAAGUUUGACUUCAGGGCACAUGAAGGGGAGAUUGAAGACUUGGAUAUGAGUCCAGGGAACAAGCACCUGGUGACUGUUGGGCGGGACUUUGCCUGCAGUGUAUGGAGUGGCAACCAGUUUGCUAUGAGCCUGAACUGGCAUGAAACCAUGCCUCAGAUAGCUGAAAAGACCUAUCGAUAUUUGGCUUGCAGGUUUGGAAGGGUUGAAGACCAGAGAGAUGCCCUGAGACUUUACACCGUGCAGAUCCCACAUAAACGACAAAGGAAACCCCCUCCUUGCUACCUCACCAAGUGGGACGGCAAGAGCUUGCUGCCCAUGCUGACAGCUCCCUGUGGCGCUGAGGUCAUCUCCAGUCUGGCUGUCAGUGACUCUGGAACAUAUCUUGGUCUUGGAACUGUGACGGGAUCAGUAGCGAUCUACAUAGCAUUUUCCCUACAGAGGCUGUAUUAUGUGCAGGAAUCUCAUGGCAUCGUGGUGACAGAUCUGGCCUUCCUGCCUGACGUCGUGAAAGGCAAGAAGAUCAAGAAGAAUAAUGAAGCGGCCAUGCUGAGCGUAGGUGUGGACAGCCGCUGCCAGAUGCACACUGUCGCAAAAAGAAGAUACUUCCCUGUCUGGCUGGUGCUGUUCUUCUGUGGCCUCAUGGUGGUGGGAGUCAUUCUCCUCCUACAGCACCUCUUUCCAGGGUUUAUUUAAAUCAUGCACAUUUUGCCACAGUUGAGGAUUUAAUUGAACAUGGAUGGACCUUUACAUGUGUGUGCACCAGGCUUCAAAUGUCCCAGUACUGCACCACUGCUAAACCCAGUGGACCCAAACCUGGACAGAGUUAAAGGUGUCGUGUUGAUGAUUGUUCAAAAGCUGGGGAUUUUCAUUGGCAUAUUUUCUGAGUAUUGUAAAAUAUAUAAAAGGUUUCACACAUAAUGUCUUUUUAAAUAUUCAUGUUAAAUUAGUCGCUGUCUUUGAGUAACUGUUUUUAUCCAUUGGUUAGCAGCAGAGGUUCCAGUCCUCUGUUGGAGCGGGUUAUAUGAUGCUCUUCCACCGAAUGCAGACAUCAGGCAAUGACCUCUGAUUUCCUGUGCCGGGGGGGGGGUGUUGUUAGGAGAAUAGUGAGUCAGGGUUCAUGAACCCCAGCCAACUUUAAAAUUUCUGACUGCAGAUGUAGAAAAUAAGAGUAAAUAAAAUCUGAUUCCCAUACUUCCUUACUGCAUUCAUUACUGUGAAAGAAUAAAUAAAGUAUGAGUAGGAGAGGCUGCCACAGAAAUGGGUUUGCUGUCUCUUUGUGCUCCAUAACACUGACUGAUGGAUUUUACAGCAUGUAUUAAAAACCCGAAGGAACUGAUGUGUUGGGGGGGGGGCUGAUAAGACAGGAUCUUAUCCCGCAGUGGGAUAAAGUGCAACAAAAAAAACAUUACAAAAUAAAAUAUAGAAAAAUAUUGGCACAUGAUGUGGUGCAUGUCUGUGUUAGUCUGAUGGCUAUGGGCAGAAAGGAUUUACUGGAGACGAGCUGAAGCAGCCGCUCAGGGACAGUGUGGUGCAGGGGGUGGGAGGGGUUGACCAUUUUGGAGGUCAGCUUGGCUAGCAUCCUUCUGUCCACUACCUCCUUAAUGGAGUCCAGUGGGCAGUCUAGGACAGAGAUGGCUCUCUUACCUUGUCUUAAACUUGUGUAUAUGGUUUAACUUGUUUUACUUUUGUGUAACCAGGUUGUUGUGUUGCAGAUUUUCUGCCCAGGCCCGUCUUGCAAAUGAGAUCUGGAUCUCAAUGGGGUUUUUACCUGGUUAAAUAAAGGAAUUAAUUAAUAAAACAAUAACCAGUUUGUUCAGUCUCUGUCCCUGCUGCCCCCUCCCAGCACACUGCAGAAGCCACCACAGUGUCAUAAAGAAGUAGAGCCUUGCACACACUGAAGGACCUCGGUCUCCUCAGCAGGUGAGGAGAACACCCAGGUACCUAAACGAGUCCACUGUCUGUCCCUGACUAAGCCCCAGAUGUUCACCGGUGUGUGGGAGGAAGCUUUCCUUUGGAAAUCACAAGCUCCUUGGUCUUGCUGGUAUUCAGGAUCAGGUGGUUCUGAUGACACCAUUUCACAAAGUCAGAGAUGUGUGCACUCAAUUAUUAAUGAAGUGGAAGAGUUACCAUGUUAUGGAAAUCUGAAAUAAAUUGAUCUUCAUAAACA